UAAACACCUACCGCCCUCCCUCUUCCUCCCCACGAUACUAAUGGGAGACUCCAGACUCGGCGGCAUAUCACCGACUAUCUCAUCAUUCGAGCCCCUCUUCCGUGGGUACAUCAUAGAUGCAAUCCUCUUAUUCCGGGGCGAAUACUACAGGAAUUUUAAAUGCCUAACACAAUAUUUUGCAGAACGAGGGAUGUGUGUCAUUGUUCUUGAUCCUCCCAUGCCUUGACUCCGUAGGGAAGAAACAUUGGGAAUAUAGGGAAAUACCACUUGGAUCGCGUCCUAUUACUCACAAGUUGACAUUCUCGAAACACCUAUUAGACAGAAUGUGAU